UUGGGAGGGGGGGUCGCAUGGAGCUAAAGAGAGAGAGAGAGAGAGAGAAAUUUUUAAAACCAUUUUACCAAACGUUAGUCUUACUGCAACUUGUCUUGUCUGUUGGAAAAUUGGAACCAGUUAUGUUCAAGGUGUUGAAUCCACAGAGACAGAAGUCUCUGGAGAAGUGGCUUAAGGAAACCAACACCAUGUUAACGCAGGUGAACGGGCAGCGCAGAUAUGGUGCUCCUCCUCUGGGAUGGACCGGUCCGACACCAGGUCCAGGCUGCGAGGUCUUCAUAAGUCAGAUCCCGCGGGACGUGUUCGAAGACCGGUUGAUCCCGCUGUUCCAGAGCGUAGCGCCGCUCUACGAGUUCCGCCUCAUGAUGAACUUCAGCGGGCAGAACCGAGGCUUCGCCUACGCCAAAUAUGGAGACACGGCUAGCGCAGCCACUGCCAUCCGGGCUCUAAACCUGUACCCGCUCCAGAGUGGUGUCAGGCUCACCGUCAGGAGGAGCACGGAGAAGAGGCAGCUGUGUCUCAGCGAUCUGCCUCCCACCAUGGAGCGCAACGAUCUGCUGACAGUGCUGCGGCAAAUCGCUGACGGAGUGGAGGGCGUCAACAUAAGGACGACUGGGCCUAAGGAGAAGGACGUCAGUGCGCUCGUGUACUACUCCUCCCAUUAUGCUGCCUCCAUGGCCAAGAAGGUGUUGGUGCAAGCCUUCAGGAAUCUGUACGGCGUGUCCAUUUCCGUCCAAUGGCUGUCCGGAAGCGGAAAAUCCAGACACGAGGAGCAUGACGAAGAGAGUCCUCUCGCCCCUCCCGGUCUGAAAUCCAUGGGCGUGAAAUCUUUAACGUCUCCACGCUUCCAGCUCUGCCGAGAUCCCAAGCGUCCUCCACCUCUUCCUACUCCACCCUCUCCCCUUCAACCGCAGGUCUUCCCGCGGGAAGUAGGGGGUCCAACCCUGCAGGUGACGAAUGUGAUGUUACCCCUGAAGUCCAGCAGCGUGGAGGAGCCACUGCAUGACUCGGUGCAUGAGCUGCAUUGGCUGUGUGAGCUGCAUGGGCUCGGCGAGCCGCUCUACAACAUGCGGUACGACCACACGGGCCCUGACGGCUUCCUGUAUUUUGCCUAUAGGGUGAUGGUGCCAGGGUUGGACAUGCCGUUCUGCGGCGUUGUCCAUGUCUUGCCUAGCACCUGCGCCAACAACAUGAAGGCCGAGGUUCAACGAGCCGCUGCCAAGCAGCUCCUCGAAGCCAUAUGGCAGGCAAGAAAUCAUUAAGGUUUGACGUCAGAUGCCGUUUUGUGUGAGAAUGUGAUUUCCUAAAGUAGAACAUGGUCCUGGAUCAGCUUUCCUGUGUUUAAUUUGUUGUCAGUACAAAUCUCAAAGAUGUCACAGUCACAGAUGGAGCUUGUAGAUGUAUUGGAGCAGUUUCACCUCCAAGCUUGUUUCGUUAGAGAGAACUAGAUGACAGGAACCUGGAUUGGCAAUGUCUAAACUAAUUUUUUAAAAAAACUAAGUAAGAUCCAAACAUAAAUAAGUAACUAACAAUGAAAUAAAUAAAAUCUCUUUCACAUUGCAAAGCUACGCUAACUUUCCUGUCUAGAAACUUCCAGAGGUGGUCCUUCUUCCACUGAUGACAUCCCAGAGCAACGAUUGGCUAUGUAAUUACAGAAACAACGAAAUGAUGAAAGAUUUUGAUCAAGUAACAUGUUCAACUUAAAAAAAAAAAAAGAAAAA